AGCCUGAAUGAUUGCUUGCCUUGAAGAAGGUCCUGCUCACACAUCUGCAUCGGAACCAUGUGUGACCAGCAGCAGAUUCCGUGUUGCCUGCCGGUUCCCCAGUGCUGUGUGAAGGGUUCCUCCUUCUGCCCUUCCCCAUCCCCCUGUCCCCAGAGCCAGGUGGUGGUUCAAGCCCCUUGUGGAAUGCAAAUCGUGGAGUGCCCUGCACCAUGCCCAGUUCAGGUUUCCCAGGUGAAGUGCCAGGCUCCCUGCCAGUCCCAGACCAUGGAGGUGAAAUGCCAGGCUCCAUGCCAGUCCCAGACCACCAAGGUGAAGUGCCAGGCUCCCUGUCAGCCCCAGACCACGGAGGUGAAGUGCCAGGCUCCAUGUCAGUCUGAGGUUUGCUAUGUGCAAUGUGGAGCCCCAGGCCCUGUUCAGACCUGCUAUGCAGGUUGUGCUCCAGUUUGUUAUACAGAAACUUGCUAUGUGGAAUGCCCAGUCCAAACCUAUGUACCCUAUGCAGCUCCCCAGCCUGUCCAGACUUACAUAGCGUAUCCCCCAGCAUGCCGUACUCAGGCAAGAUUCUGCAGCCAGGGGGGAUUCUCCACCCAAGGCCAGUAUCAGGGCUCUGUCAGCAACUGUGCCCCUCAGCGUCAGUCUCGGGCUUCCUGUCGCACUUACGCACCCCAAUGCCAGACCCAGGGCUCUUACGGGAGCUUCCCUGUGCAGCGGCGCUGUCGAAGCACCAGCCGAUGUCUCCCUCCUCGCCAGCAGCAGCCUUCUUACCGCAGCUGCUCACCACCACGGCGUUCUGAGUCCUACCAACGCAGCUGCAUGCCAUCAAGAUGCAUUUCGGGUUCCUAUAACUACUGCACCCCGCCCCGCCGAUCUGAGCCCAUCUACAAUAGUGGAUGUCCUCGGGGUCCCACUUCAAGUUGCUCUCAGAGAUGUGGACCCAAGUACCGAGUAGAAAUUUCCUCACCUUGCUGCCCCAAGCAGGUUCCCCCCCAGAGGUGUCCCGUUCAGAUUCCUCCCAUCAGACGCUGCUCUGAGAAUUGUGCUCCAAGACCCUCCUGGGGCGCCUCCUGCCCGGACCUGAGAUCACGUGCAGAGCGACGUCCACUCCCAAGCUUCUCUCCACCCAGGAGUUUUGACCAAUGUCCAGAGCCAUCACUGCCGCGACGUCCACUUCCUGCGCCACGUCCAUGCCCACGCCCAGAACGAUGGGCAAGUCCAGAAAGACGCGCAAGUCCAGAACGAUGCGCAAGUCCAGAGCGCCACCCAGGUUCACCACGGCGACUUUCAGAACCCUGUCUGUGUCCGGAACCAAGUCCAGCGCCACGUCCAGCCCCACGUCCAGCCCCACGUUCAGCUCCACGGCCUCACCCAGAGCCACAUCCACAGCCCUGUGAGCACCCAGAGCCUUGUCGAGAGCCAAUUCCCCUUCCACCACCCUGCCCAAGCCCAGAGCCAUAUGUGCAACCUCGGAGCUGUUUCAGCCCAACCUUAGGCCCAAAUUCAAUUCCAUGCUCAGGAAAUCCAGGCUGCCUUGAGUCCCAUCCAGGCCGCCUGGACACCGAGGGCCCCAGCUACGGCCCAGCCUGUUAUAACGAGUGUGGAGAGAGCGGUGUUAGCUAUGGACCUUGUGAUGUGUUUCCAGAGCCGCGGGGUCUGUGUGGUUAUGGAGACCAAGGUGGAGCCUUUGUUGGAGCAAAAGGUGGGGCCCCUGCUGGAGCUAAAGGUGGGGCCUCUGUUGGAGCAAAAGGUGCCUAUUUUUAAAGGAAGCAUGGCUGAAACAUCCCUGCUCCUGCCAUGAAAAUGUUGCUCCACCUUUCUCAGCACUCACAGUUUCUGCGUUCUUGUUUGCAAUGUUCCGAAGACACCCAGGGCUCCCUGCUUCAGAGGUGAUGUCCAAACUCCUUUGCAUGUCAUCACAGAACCCACACCUGGGUCUCAGACACCUCUGCAGCCUCACAUCUGGCUCCUCUCCAGUACACACCCUCAGUUCUCGUCGGACCAGUCUCACCACCAGGGCACAUCUUGGGUGUUCCCCAAGACAUACCUUCCAUAUCCCUGCCUCCAAGCUUCUGUUCAUUCCCCAGCCCCCAUUCCUGGGUCACUUCUCUGCUACUCCCAGCAUCUGAAAUCCAAUCCAUCUUUCAAGACCCCUUCCUUGGAGCCUUUCUGCUUGUUCCUACUCAUAGAAGCCUGCACUGACUACCUAGAACUCACUGCAUCAUCUAUACAAUUCACUUGGCAAGUGCCUUACAACAUCUCUUGAAUUAUUUCACUUCUCAGAUGUAUCUGUCUUACCUGCUUACCUAGGUUGUACACUCCCAUUUGAGUGGAGUCCGAAUAUCCAUAAAGUCCCUUGCUUCUCCUGGGGUUGGUAGCUACUUAGCAAGCCUAGUCGGUUGGCAGCUUGAGCCAUAAUCUAUCUUGAUGGGCAACCCCAAGACCGGGACAAGAGGAGGACAUGUAACAAUAAAGAUGAUGCUAUACUC